UGAUAAUUUCACAAUGGGUGACUACAGUCUUGAAGAGCUCUCGGACGUGAGUGUGCUGGCCGCCGAACAUGGCCUCGAAUUGACCCCGGAUGGCUGCCAUCUGCGCUGGGCCCGUACCAAUCGCAAGCAUCCGCGGAACUGGCAUCCCGUCCGCAAGGCCUACGAUAUUAUCGUCAUCUCGCUGUUGGAGUUCUUUACGACAUGUCUCAGUACUUCGGGCGCCACCACCGCCACCGCGGCUCAGAAUGAGUUUGGAACGGGCAGGACGCUGACCUUGUUUCUUUAUGUGUCAACAUAUCUCUUAGGGCAAGGCCUGGGGGGGAUUGUCUUUCCCCCGUAUUCGGAAUCUUUCGGCCGGAAGAAACUCUACAUCUUUAGUGCAUCGCUGUACUCCGUAUUCUGUCUCAUCAUCGCAGCUGUCCCCUCGCUCGGCGCGCUGGUGGUCGGUCGUUUCAUCACCGGUUUCCUGUCCGCCAUCCCAACGGUCGUGAUCACCGGCAGUAUCGAGGACAUGUUCAACACGCAUGAUCGAAUCCUGGUCAUGUUGAUCUACGUGUCCAUGGCGUGUAUGGGAGUCAGUGCUGGGCCCAUCAUCAGCUCGUAUAUUGCGGUUCGAUUCGGAUGGCGAUGGGUAUUCUACGUGGGGGCCAUCGUAUCGGCCUUCCUUGCCGGCCUCCUCCUAUGCAUCAAGGAAUCCCGACCCUCCCUCCUGCUCGUCCGCGAGGUGCAAACCCUGCAGAAACUCACCGGCAACGAUUCCCUCAAGGCCCAAAACCCAGACUACAUGCCAGACCUACGCACCUUCAUCCACCUCGGACUCCUCCGGCCCCUGCGACUCUUCGUCACCGAACCCAUCGUCUUCAUCGUAACCAUGAUCUUCGGCGUCUGCGUCGCCCUAGUCUACCUCUUCACCGAAGCCCUCCCCCCCGUCUACGAAUCCUUCGGCUUCAGCACCGACGAAGCCUCCCUCCCCUUCCUGGCCCUGGGUCUCGGCGUCAUCCCCAAUGCCCUCACCCGCAUCAUCGACUACCGCAUCAUCCAGAAACGCCAAAAGGAAUGCGGCGUCCUCAAACCCGAACAUAAACUCACCGGUAUCUAUAUCGGCGCCCCUGUCCUCGCUAUCGCCCUCUGGUGGUUCGCCUGGACGAUUCCCCCCGAGGUCACGAACGUCCAUUGGUUUGCCUCUGUCGCUGCCCUCUUCUUCACCGGGUAUGCCCUCAACGAGAUGGAGAUCGUGGUGACCGCGUACCUGGCCGAUAGCUAUCUCAGCUAUGCGGCGAGUGGGUUCGCCGCGCUCUCGAUCAUCCGAUCGCUGCUCUCGGCUGCGUUUCCCCUCUUCGGGAGUAAGAUGUUCGAUGCACUCGGUGCCAACGUCGCGGUGUCGAUUCUUGCCGUGCUGGCGACGAUCUUCUGUAUCGUCCCGCCACUGCUCAGUCGCUACGGCGAGCGCAUGCGCAUGCGCAGUGCCUUUGCCAAGUACAGUCUGCAAGUGUAUGCGGAGAACGGCGUCGAUCAGGACUUUCAGUAGUGCGAUCGCUGUCUACCAUGAUAUACGUGACGCGAUAUACGGCUCCCACUCGAUUCAAAAAAGAUAUACAGCACGGAUAAACAGUUGGAUUAUACAUCACGAAGAUUUCUUUGUGACAGACUGAAAUGAGAUGCAUGAUAUGAUUAUGACCAUGACGGAGCCGUGGGGACGCAUAUGAGUUAGAGUACAGUUUGGCAUGCAAGUUGCCGGGGCAUAUAUCCAGUUCAUCCUCAAUAUUAAUCUCUUUCAUUCAUUUGUUGAGUCCUCGUCGAUUGGACGGCAGCAACUCCAGCAG